UGCUUUUAUUGUGUGAACGGCCUCUGCCACACCCUCCUGUUUCACGUGCAGCUGUGUGAGAAGCAGCGCCUCCGCGCGCACCGAAUGCGUACGGAACUGUCUCGAGGAGGAGGACGAGCACUCGCAGCAUCAGCAACACAAACAUCCACAUACACACAUACACAAAGAGGUCAGCUCGCGUGCUGCGACUUGAAUGGAAGAUAACCGAGUGCCGCGAGACACAAUAAAGGAAGCAUAGGAACUGAUCGCUGUGCCGUGACACACGCGGGAGAGACUCGCACACAUGAGCAAAUCAAUGAAGAAAAUACUUCUGUGUUCACGUUUAUCCCCCCUCUACCCUUGCUGCAGACAAAGCCCGUCGUAACCAUGGCGACGGACGGUAAGGAGGCUAAGCUUGAUGAGCGGGUAGAGGUAACAGUAUCUGAAGGCCCAGAACGGCGACGGCAGGGCAAAUUCCAGCCAUUCAGGCGUCUAUUUGGGAAGAAGAAAAGGAGGGAAGCAGAACGUGGGUUUGAGGGAUCUGAACUGAAACCUAGCCAUUCCACUGAUGAUGUCUGCAAUGGGGUGGCCACAGCUAAUGAAGAAAACAAUCAGUAUCUAAGGGAGUUAAACACCCUAGGGUCCCGAGCCUUUUCACACGAGAGUGUAUUUAUCCCUGAGGACACCGAGAAAACACAUCCAGGACAGACAAUGUCCCAGGAGAACGUUUCAGACAAAGUCAGGAACAUUCAGAAGCAAAUUGGACAUAAUAUCAAAUUUGGUCAGAGACCCCCUUCACUUAGAAAGAGUGAGGGAGAUGAAGGUAGCUCAGAUGAGGAAGAGGUACCACGAAGUCCGCUGAGGGUUCUUGCUCAGGUGGAGAAUGAACCACAGGGGACUGAAGCCAAGGAAAUAGCUGUCAGCCAUGACACGGUCCAGCACAGAACUCCAGUCAAAUCCCCACGCUCUAAGCGCCCACCUCCCCCUGGCACAAUUGAGUCCAUCAAUCUAGAUGCUGUCCCUCAGUCUGUCCCACGCUUGGACAAUACUGCUGCCAAACACAAACUGUCUGUCAAACCGAAGAACCAGAGGGUAUCUCGCAAACACAGAAGGUUUACACAGGAGUUUCAUGAAGAGGAUCUCUCUGAAAUGCAAGAGGAAUCCGAAACACAAAAAGACGAAGACGUGUUUGAUUUGUCAAGAGAGGACUAUAACAUUAUCUAUAGGAGCAGAGGAGAUUAUGAACCCACUGAGAAAUCAGUGAAGCGACAAUUUCAUGAAGAGGAGCUAGAACGCCUUGAGCUUCAGAGGAGGGAACAAGAGGAAGAAAGAAAGAUGGAGGAACAACAAAGGAGAAUCGAGGAACAGAGGCUAGAAGAAGAAAAGCAGCUCAGAGAGGAAGAGGAAAGGCUGCAAAAAGAGGAAGAGGAGAGGAAGCAGCGAGAGGAAGAGGAGAGGACAAAAAGGGAAGAGGAAGAAAGGAGGAGAGAAGAGGAAGAGCAAAGAUUAAGACGUGAAGAAGAGCGAAAGAGGCAAGAGGAAGAGGAAAGAAUGCGGAAAGAGGAAGAGGAAAGAAGAAGAGCAGAGGAGGAGAGAAGGCUGCAGGAACUUGAGGUGGAGUGUCUCCGUUUGGAAGAGGAAAGAAAAAGGGAGCAGGAGGAGAGGAGGAGAAAAGAGGAAGAGGAGGCGGAACAACGGAGGAUUCAAGAGUUAGAAGAGAAACGGCAGAGAGAGGAAAAGGAACGCCUCCGUGAGGAGGCUGAGAAGAAAAGGCUAGAGGAAGAGGAGGAAAAAAAGAGACAACAGCAAGAAGAGAAAGCUGGAGCUUCUGAGCCAGAAUGGAAAAGAAAAGCAGAGGAACUUAGAUGGAGAGAGAUGGAGGAGAGACAGAGACCCUUCACUUUCAAGGUCUCCUCAGGCGAGAAGCAGAUACUCUUCCAGAAGGUCAACCUCAGUCCUGUUACUCCAGCAUCUGGCCAACAGGGUGAAACAACAGCUGAAACCAGGGAGGGAGCAAAAGCUUCUUCACCAGGAGGCACAGAUUCACCAACUCUGUCUUCAUCUCUUUACGUCCCACAUACUGCAAUUCUUGUGACAGGAGCCCAACUUUGUGGAACUGCAGUCAAUCUCGAUCAAAUCAAGGACACAGCCUGCAAGUCGCUCCUUGGCCUUUCAGAGGGCAAAAAAGCCAUGGGCACUCCUCCAACCAAGAUCAAGACAUCUCCAGACUGUAAAUCUGGGAAAACCAAAUCCUUAUACGAGUCUUCCUUAUCUGCAGACCAAUCCAACGCUGCUGUCCUGGCAGAAUGGGCAAGUAUCAGAUCCAAAAUUUUUAAAGGUGCUGAAGAGGGAAAGUAUCCUGAACACCCAGAUCAGAGUCGAAGGCCGAUAAGUGAGGAUCUAAAUACAGUGCCAUUUUCUCACACCAACCUCAGGAAAACCAUGUCAGCCAGUGCUAAGUUUUCCAUCACACCAGCUAGGAAGAAAUUUCCUGAUUCCAACAGGAACUCAGAGAUUUUUGGUCAGGAAGAAGGUGUGAAACUAGAAUCGGCAUCUCCGGAAACUCCCUCUGUCCAAAAAGGAGAGUUGCCGUCUUUAGGUACCAAGAUACAGAGCAGGGGAAGUAAGGUUGUUCGCAUAGCAGAUAGUGCUGAAGAAUGCAUGUUUGCCAAAGACCUCCCUUCCUUUCUUGUUCCCAGUCCGCCACAUGGAUCUCCCAAGUCACAAAGAUCCGAGAUUGGCUCCCCAAGUCAGGCAGAAUCAGAAGAUUCAGACACAAAGGAUGAAGGAGAUCAGAAGGAUCAGGGUGGUGAUGAGCGGCCUUCACCUUUUGGAAUUAAGUUGAGAAGAACCAACUACUCUCUUCGCUUCCACAAUGAACAAUCAGCAGAGAAGAGAAAGAAAAGGUACAGUGCAGGAGACAGUUUUGAAGGUGUCCCAGUGCCCCUCACUGCCAUUGACCAAGACUCUGAUACUUCUACGCUCUCUGGAAUGUCUAGCCCUGUUUCUCCGCAACAAGAGAUAGUUGGAUUUCGAACCACUGUAGCAUCUAGUAAAGAAUCUCGAAGCAAGUUUAGCAGAAGUACUCUCCCUUUGGCACGUACUGAAGGCGACAACUUUGCCCCCAAGCCUCCACUUUACCAAAAACCAGCUACUUCCCCUAAACCAUCUGAAGGUGGCACACCUCCACCCUCUCCUCUCCCAAAACCUGGCAGAAGGACUUCAGGGGACAUGAUUUCACAAAGGACAAGUGAAACAGAACAGAUAGCUACUGAGCAGAGCAGCGAUCAUAAAGAAGUUGCAGCAUCUGUACCAUCCCAGAAAAAUGGACAAGGAGAGGAGGAGUUUAAAGAAAAAAAGUCAUUUUUUCCAUCCAUUAGCAUCCCAUGGAGAGAAAAAACAGAUCGCAGGACAGAACUCAUUAAAAAAGAAAAACCCUCUCUGCAGGCCAGACACUCUCUGGACAGCUCACGGACACAGGAGAAAGAGGCAGGACCACUUUGGAUUACUCUAGCAUUGCAAAAACAGAAAGGCUUCAGAGAACAGCAACAAAACCGAGAGGAAAGGAGGAGCCAGAGAGAGGCUAAGCUGGCUGAGAAACAAGCUAGGGACAAAGAAAGCGCUGGAAUGGUCAGUCCCACAGAGGAUAAAGGUAAUGGAUGUUCCAGCCUGCCCAAACCUCAAACAGCAGAUGAGAAUAAAAGACCAGACACACUCCUGGCCCGUUUUGAACGACGCGACAACUUGAAGAAAGCCAAUACCUUGCCCAGCUCAGUCACAGUUGAAAUAACAGACUCUACACCAUCUCCGCCAGCAACAAAGGAUGUGACAAAGCGCUUCCCUCCUGGUGACACUACCCAGGUUUCUACCGAGCCAGCCUGGCUUGCCCUAGCAAAGCGUAAGGCCAAAGCAUGGAGUGACUGCCCACAGAUCAUCAAGUGAUCCAUUACUACUGACCCAGUGAAAAUGCAAAUAAGUCUUAUCUCCUUCAUCCACAUCAGUUAGCCAUCACUGCUCUCCAGCUCACCUUUGGCUCUGAACAAAAAGUCCAUAAUUUAUUUUCAAGCAAUCAGGCAUUUCCGAAUAACUGGUAUUUAAGUUUAAAAAAGUCUUUCCACAAAGACAAAAUAUUGUACUACUAAUAUUCAAACUGGCUACAGAUUUUAUCAGUUGAUGAGAGAAACAAUGACAUUAACACCACCCUUCUGGUUUUCACUACACAGGAUUAUUGCAAUAACACGCAUCAAUGGUAUAUUUACUAAUUUUGUGUUGCAGCCAAUCAAACAAGCCCUAGAAUCUUCAUCGAGAAGUUGCAGCCCUUCAUAUCUUUGAAGUCACCAGUGGUUCUGUUAACAGUGUAAAUACACAAUGCAUGUCAAACUGUUGAUACUAGAUAUUACUAAAACAAUACGAGUGGUUCACAUUCAGUACAAGUGUAACACAUUUCAAAUAAAAACAAGACAGUAUGUUAUUGCUUUGGUGACAAUUCUGGGAAGCAAUUCAAGGGCUAAUAAUAACAGUUGUUUAAACCUUCACAAAUUUCACUCCUCCCUCCCGCAAGCAUGUGAAUCAGAGAAACUGUUUUGUAUUUUUUUUGGGGGGGGGGGUUUUUUUUCACGUAUACACUAAAAUCAGUUGGCACUUAUAGACCUUGCCGAUGGACAGACGUUGUCACUUUUUUAUUUCUUAACUUAUUAUAUUUGAUAUCUUGGCAAAGUAAAAAGAUCUUCACUGUGUCCGUGACAACUGUGAGUACUGUCAUUUUAACUAUUGCUAAAAAUCAUCAUGAUAAUGACACGUCAGCACUGUUUACUCAUGUAAUUAACUAACACUGAAUUUUUCCUUCAAGUUUCCAUGACAAUAUAGUAUAUGCACUUGAGCCGUGCUGUCAGCUGAUGAAAAAUCUACUUCUUGCAGUGUCCAUACCCGCCUGAUUCCGUAGAACUGCCUGCUUGCUGUAUCAUAAACAAUGCUAUCCUUGCGUAGCGUGUGCUAGCAUCACUUUUACAGCUAAUUAGCAAAACCUGCAACACGACUAAGGUGAUGGGAGAUCAGUGUUUCAAAUGCAAUGUCCCAGGGGGGAUUAAGAAAAACAGGUCUAGCCAAUGAACAUGUCCCUUACAAAAAAGGGGAGCAAUUCCAGUGAGUAAACAAACAGACUAUUAACUGACAUCACCUCUGCAUCCUUGAAGAAGGCAGCUAACCCCAGAUCACUCCAGGGGGGAUUGUCCUUGUAGGUGAAUUAAGUCGCUCUGGAUAAAAAGCGUCUGCUAAAUGAUGGAAGAUAUUAAAUGGAAACUGACUCCACUAUCUAAUGUAAUGUUGUAUGUAUGUAAUGUAUGUAUGUAUGUAUAGAGGUGAAAUGAAACAGACUGUAUUCCUUUGGAGAUCUCCUGAACUGCAGUCGCGUCACUUUGUUUUUACAUUGGUCGUGUGCAAUAGCAUAGCUCAAACAGUGUUGUAUGUGAUAUGAAACAAAAAGUUUGUUGAUAAUUGCACUUUUUUUUGUUGUUCACUUUAGAAAAAUCCAUUAAAGUGACGCAAAUGUUAUGAAAUAUGUAGAGAAAAUUAAAGGAAGCUGUUUGAACUCA